UUGUUGUCUAACUGCUAUAUAAGACUCAGGAUGGCUUGCAAAUCUCAAGAGUUGUUUUUAUCAGACAAACUCUACUGCGCAUCCUCGUAUAAUCGAUAUGGUCUCAAAGAUUACAAGUGCGGAACGCGUGAACGUCUUGAUCGUCGGUGCCGGUCCGGUUGGACUUGUUUCUGCGCUCCUCCUCCUUCGCGACGGUCUCUCUGUACGGGUCAUCGCGAAGGAAACUAAGCCUAGGACUGGCUGUCGAGGCCCAGGUAUUCAACCGCGCACGCUCGAGCUCUAUAAAUUCCUUGGAGUCCUCGACGAUAUCCUGGCAGGUUCUGGUCCGCAUCAAUCCAUCCAUCAAUAUACGUCUCCAGAUAAUGGCGAGCCUCCGGUCAUUCUUUGGGAUGAAUCCAAGAAGAAGGUGGAGGAGAAGGUCGAUAAACCUUAUCUCAGCACCCGUAUCAUCGCCCAAGUGGAUCACGAAGCUAUCUUCCGUGCCUGUCUUUUGAGAGACUAUGGUUGUCAAGUCGAGUUUGGCACGGAGCUCAUUUCGUACGAACAAGGAUCCGACACUGUCGAGGCAACUCUUCUCAAAAGUUUAACUCACAAAACCGAAACCGAAACGACCAAAUUUGACUGGCUCAUAGGUGCAGAUGGAGCCCACAGCGUAGUUCGUAAACAUUUGGGUUGUUCUUUCUUGGGACAAUCAAUCAAGAAAGCAGGAGGAAUGUUACUGGCUGAUAUUCAUCUGCUGAAUGGAUGGGGUGACGAUCAUAUCAAGGCAUGGGGCGCCCUUGCCGAAAAAUCACUUCUGAUUCGUCCCUAUAUGUCAGCAUUCUCAGCUCAACAUUCCACCCCUUCUCAACCCAAAAGCGAUACAAGAGUUCAGGUCAUGAUUGCUAGCCAGGAUGUGGAGUACACGACUGAAAAUUUCAAAUUGAAUGGGGUCGUGGGCGAUGGAAACACCAAAGGAAGAAGGGAUAUGUUAGUAGAUAUGAUUCAUGAGCUGAGCGGAAGGAAGGACUUGGUAUUUGGAGAUCUUAUUGGGAUAGGAGUUUGGCGACCCAAUAUUCGAAUGGUUGACAGUUUCGGAAAAGGGAAAGUGUGGAUCGCCGGAGAUGCGGCCCACGUCCACUCUCCCACUGGCGGACAAGGUCUUAACUCCGGUGUUCAAGAUGCAUUCAACCUUUGUUGGAAGCUUUCCCUUGUUCAUAAGGGGAAGUCGACCUCGAACAAACUAAUGGCAUCAUACACAGAAGAGAGAAUGAGGGUGGUGAAAGCAAUGUUGAAUGUCACAACGAGGUUGCUUAGGCAGGCCUUUGGAGUGAACGAGGAUAAAACUGUCAACAUCGAGGUUAAUUCUGCCCAAACCACCAUCAGCACCACAACUACCUCCACGAAUUCCCCUGACAAGAAACAACCUAGUGGGAUCAACAACAUCGUUCGCGGCUUCGAGUUGCGUAUGUUUGGCAUCAACUACCGAGGGAGCUCGAUUGUACUUGACGAAGUGGCGCCUCCCGCGGAGGUAUUGGACCCAUACAAGAUGUCCCCAGAGGAACCGGUCAGGGGAGGGGACCGCGCUCCCGAGGCACCUGAUUUGAAGAUUCUGCAUGAAAACUCUUCGGAUGGAAUAACGAGCUUGUUUGAGAUUUUUGAUACGACGAAACACACCGCUUUAGUGUUUUUUAAGUCCCCGCUGGCUAUUCAAGAGUUCUCUCGAGCAUUGGCCAAUUACCCAAAUGGCACCAUGAGGAUUGUCGUGAUUCAUCCGCAGGGAUCGACCGAGCGGGUUCUGAUCGAUGGUAAACAGGAAGGAGAUGUUGUGGAAGUCCUGGAUACGAAGGGUCAUGCGUAUGGGUCGUAUUUGCGCGGUGUUGACUCUAAUGCCGUUGUAGCUUCUGAAGGUGCUGUGAGUCAAGACACCGGGGGGAUAGUGAUUGUUAUCAGACCUGAUGGGCACGUAGGCGCCAUCGUGAAAGAUGUGGCAGGAGUGGACAGGUAUCGACGGAAAGUGUUUACAUAACAGAUCUAUUAACAUGAAACAUCUAUGUUUUGGAACUCUUAAUAUAUCCCUGGUAGUAUAUCGGUUAGUACACGCGCCUGUCAUCAGCUUUGUGCGCGCGAAAGCUGGGUUCGACUCCCAGCCAGGGAG